ACAUAUAUUCGAUGAUAACGUAUUACAAAUGCCAAAAAACAUUAGACAGCAUAUACUUCACGAAAAAUUAAUUUACGCUGUGUACAUUCAUCGCAGAGCUAUUAAUUUGGCAAAGAUUUUGACGAACAGUUUUGCGACUUUAUAUUUCAUAUUACUAGGAUUUGGAGUGGCUUCGGUGAGCUUUAAUUUUCUUUACGCGACAACAGUCUUAAAUAAUGUAAUAGAAUUACUGAUAAGUGUUGGCAUUAUAUUUGUACAAUUAUAUUACUUAUUUCUGGGAAAUUAUGUCGGACAAAAUAUUAUAGAUGCUAGUCUUGACAUUCAUCAGAUAACAUAUAAUACGCAAUGGCACGUAGCGCCAUUGUGGAUGCAAAAAUUGAUGCUGUUCAUAAUGCAAAGAAGUAACAAAAAGAGUGCUUUAACAGCUGGCGGUUUAUUUGAUGCAUCAUUAGAAGGUUUUGCUACAGUAAGAAGUGCAUUAUGAGAAAACUUAAUUUUGACCAAUAUCUUAAGAAAGAAAAACAUUAAGAAUGUUUAUUACAGCUCAUGAGUAUGGCCAUGUCCUACUUUAUGGUUCUUCACUCCGUGCAAAUACAAGAAUGAAAAGAAUGAUAGCCACGUUUCAAAAAUUCAAUUCGCAUUUAGAAUGCAUUCAGUAUUGCAUGUG